GUGCGCGCGUCGCUGCGCGCUACGUAUCUUCCUGGGCGGGAACAGCAAAAUGGCGCCAGAAGUAGUGGCGGGCUGAGCGCACCGGCCCGUCGUGAAGCCGGCGCUGCGGUCCCCGGGCCGAUCCGGCUCCUCCCGAACAUGGAGGACGUGGAGGCGCGCUUCGCCCACCUCUUGCUGCCCAUCCGCGACCUCACCAGGAACUGGGAGGUGGACGUGGCGGCCCAGCUGGGCGAAUAUCUUGAGGAGCUAGACCAGAUCUGCAUCUCUUUUGACAAAGGCAAGACCACAAUGAACUUCAUCGAGGCAGCGCUGUUGAUCCAGGGCUCCGCUUGCGUCUACAGUAAGAAGGUGGAAUACCUCUACUCCCUGGUCUACCAGGCUCUCGACUUCAUCUCUGGCAAGAAGCAGGCCAAGCAGCUGUCCUCCACGCCGGAAGACGGGACCGUUGGGGAUGCUGGCUCGAGGGCCCCCCAGGAGGCGGAGCAGAAGUUCCGGGCAUUGGACGACCUCUCUGACUCCUGUGCUAACGUGGAUCUCAGGGAUGACCAGGUCCUCAGUGGGACCCUCAUCCCCCUCCUGCCCAACGCCCUGGUCGCCCCGGACGAGAUGGAGAAGAACAGCAACCCCCUGUACAGCUGUCAGGGGGAGGUCCUGGCCAGCCGGAAGGACUUCAGGGUGAACACGUGCACACCGCACCCCAGAGGCACAUUCCUGCUGGAGCCGCUGGGCGUGUCCCUCAUGGAGGCCCUGCAACCGUGGAACCCGAAGGAGCCUGGAAGGGCCGAGGAGCAGCCCAUGGAAGUCUCUGUGUGCGGGAGUCCCGGCCCGGCACUCAGCACCUCCCAGGAGCCAGGUGGCGCUGCGGCAGGGACAGCCCCUCAUCCCCAGGCGCAGUCCCCGCUGCCUGGCCUUCUGGCUCCCGAGGCUGACUGUCUCGUGUCCCUGCCAGGCUCCUCUCCAGACGGCCCAGCGCCCAGAGGUGGGGGCGUGGGAGAGGACCGAGAGGAUGCAGAAGGGGCGGUGGAGCCCCCUGAGGCCUCGGCACUUGAGGUCCCUAUGGAGCCCCCGGAGCCCAGGAGCCCUGAGCAGAGUGCUGCGCAGCCCAGGAGGUGUACACUCCGGGAGCGGAAGGAGGUCCCGGAGCCCGCAUCCAGGCUGCAGGACACCCCAGACCCCUGGCAGGGCCUGGACCCCUUCGACUCUGCAGAUUCUAAGCCCUUCAGGAAAGGUAACGCGGCGGGCAUGGCCCCUGGGCACCGGGGGUGGGGGCUGGAUUCACCCGGCUUGAGUGGAGGUUGGGGCUCCACGGCCUGUGGGCACGGGGAUGGCCCUGGGCUGUGGCUGUGCUCCGGGACUGCCUGUCUGCCCCCAGGUAGGCCCUACUCCGUGCCCCCCCGCGUGGAGGAGGCGCCAGGACAGAAGCGUAAGAGGAAGGGUGCCGUCAAGCUGCAGGAUUUCCACCAGUGGUACCUGGCUGCCUAUGCCGACCACACCGACAGCAGGAGGUCCCGGCGAAAGGGCCCUUCCUUCGCAGACAUGGAGGUUCUGUACUGGAAGCACGUGAAGGAGCAGCUGGAGACGCUCCGGAAGAUGCAGAGGAGGGAGGCGGCUGAGCGGUGGCUGCCGAGGGCUGAGCAGGGGCUGUGGCCUGUGGAGGAGGACCGCCUGGAGGACUCGGUGGAAGACCUGGGCGCCGCAGCAGAUGACUUCCUGGAGCCUGAGGAGUACGCAGAGCCCGAAGGGGCAGAGCCCGGGGAAGAGGCAAACAUGGAAGCAGAAGCCAUGCCAGCGUCUCUGCGCUAUGAGGAGCUGGUCCAAAGGAACGUGGAGCUCUUCGUCACCACCUCGAAGCAGGACGUCUUCGUGACCACCUCGAGGCAGGAGCUCGUCCAGGAGACGGAGCUGAAGCAGCACAUCAGGGGCUGGGAGGAGGCCAUCCAGACCCUGCUCCAGGAGCAGGAGGAGCACGUGCCCUUUGACAUCCACACCUAUGGGGACCAGGUGGUCUCCCGGUUCAGCCAGCUCAACCAGUGGUGUCCCUUCGCGAAGCUGGUGGCAGGCCAGCCUGCCUUUGAAGUGUGCCGCUCCAUGCUGGCCUCCCUGCAGCUGGCCAACGACUACACAGUGGAGAUCACCCAGCAGCCGGGGCUAGAGGCGGCCGUGGACACCAUGUCCCUGAGGCUGCUCACGCGCCAGCGGGCCCACCAGCGCUUCCAGACCUACGCCGCCCCCUCCACAGCGCAGCCCUGAGCAGGGAGCCCGCGCCCCAUGGACCCCGGGUGUGCGUCUGCGCUGUCUGCUUCCUGGCUGGCCCAGCCUAAUAAAGUGUUGCCAUCCCACCA